CCUCUUCAAAAUCGUGCAUGCAAUCAUUCAUCUCCUACAUCUCUCUCCCUCCUUCUCUUUUUUUCCUUCUCAAUGUUUUUCAGAAAGUCAUCACCAACUCAACCUCUAAAUUCUCUACCAUGCACAACAAAAUCCCAAAGCUUCUCAAAAACCAAAGAAACUCACCAAUGGGUAAAAUUCACUCUCUUUAUUACUUUAUGCCUCUUCCUUCUUUACUUCAUGUACCCCACAACAAUAACCACCACAACUACCACCACCGACACCACCACCACCACCACAUGCGAUGGAUCAACUCCAUCAUUCUACAUUUACAAUCUCCCUCCACGUUUCAACCUUGACCUACUCAAAAACUGCGAAAAUCUCAACAUCUACACAAAUAUGUGCCCUCAUGUGAAGAACAAUGGCUUAGGUCAACCCCUCUCAAAAACAUCAUGGUACACAACACACCAAUUGUUAGCAGAAAUGAUUUUCCAUGCUAGGUUAGAAAAUCACGUGUGUCGCACGUGGGAUCCUAAUCAAGCAAUUUUAUUCUAUAUACCAUUCUAUGGUGGACUACACGCGUCAAGCAUGUUCCGCGAAGCGAAUCACACUCUCCGCGACUCCUUAGCCGUUGAUCUAAUCGACCACGUACUAAGUCUACCUUGGUGGAAUCGUCACAAUGGUAAGGAUCAUUUUAUUUCACUAGGAAGGACCGCAUGGGAUUUCAUGCGGUCAUCAAGUGGGUCCGAUUUUGGAGCCAACAUAUUAUUAAACCUACCACCUGUCAAAAACAUGUCGGUGCUAACAAUUGAAAGACAACCUUGGGAAGGUGAAAACCAAAACGGCAUACCUUACCCGUCGUAUUUUCAUCCAAAAACAAAAGAAGAAAUGCUUACGUGGCAGAAUAAAAUGAGACAAAACGACAGGCCGUUUUUGUUUUCAUUUAUUGGUGGGAAAAGAAAAGGGUUAGGAAAAGCAAAGAUUCGUGAUGAGUUGUUUAAACAAUGUAAUGAGUCAUCUCUUUGCAAGUUGGUUGAUUGUGGAGGUGGGAAUAGUAAAUGUCAUCAACCAAUGGAAGUACUUAGUGUUAUGAUGGAGUCACGUUUUUGUCUUCAAGCACCAGGUGAUUCUUUUACUAGAAGGUCAACUUUUGACUCUAUACUUGCUGGUUGUAUACCUGUAUUUUUCUCUCCACAUACGGCGUAUUCGCAAUACCAUUGGUAUUUGCCUAAGGAAAAAAAUACGUAUUCGGUGUAUAUUGAAGAGGGGGGUGUAGGGGAGAAGAGUAAUAUGAUUGAGGAGGUGUUAAUGGGAAUUAAGGGGGUGGAAGUUGAAAAAAUGCGUGAAGUUGUGAUUGGUUUGAUCCCUAGGGUUAGUUAUGCUCACCCAAAUGGGAGUGAUGUUGGGUUUAAUGAUGCUGUUGAUGUUGCACUUCAAGGACUUUUUUUUUUUGGUUACACUUCAAGGACUUGUUAAGCUUGUUCGAGAAAAUAUUGAGAUUUCAGAGAUUUAAUUUUCUUUUUGACACAAGAGUUUGAUUAGUUACUUGUGAUUAAUUAUAAUAACAAACUUUUUAGAUGCAAUAAGUUGCUUAUAUAUGAGUAUGUGAUGUAAUGUAAAUGGGUUGAUGCUUUGGUGGCAACAUUAUAUUAAUUAAUAAUACUUUUUCAUGUUUUAUUAUA